AGCCUUGCAGGCCAAGGUUCUUACUUACUGUACAUUGACAUGUUCUUAAGUUUACAGAUGAACCACCUGUGUUGUUGGUGAUAGUGCAUAAGCUAGUUAUGUGGAAUUGGUCAACGUUAAUUGUUCACUUCUGCGUUGUGUUCUGCUGGAAAAUUUAAAUUUUUAAUAAGUUUCAUCUGUAAGGCUUGUGAUUAUCUCUUUGAUAUACUUGUGAUUAUCUUGAGCUUUAGGAUGAGCACUAAACAUGUCUUCCACAUUUUUAAAUAUUUCAUGUCAUACUCAUUACCAAUAUUAUAGUAGAAUUUUCAAUAUGGAUUUGAUUUAUUUACUCUUAUGGUCAACUAUUCUGGUGAUCAUUCUUCUAAUCAUGGUUAAGUCGUUGACUUGCUGUGAAAGUAUACAUGACAAUUCCACCAUCUUGGUCUCUUGUGAUAACCAUCUUGGUCUCUCCCUGCAAAAUGGCCAACUCAAUCCUCCUCUUUUCAUCUGUUUUGCUUCUCCCUUUGGUCUGUUCAGUUCAGUUCAACAUAACUCGUUUCACGUCAAAUAGUCCUGAAGUAGCAUACCAAGGAGACGCAAGAGCAAACGGCGCCGUCGAGCUUACCAACAUUGACUACACAAGCCGUUCCGGUUGGGUUACCUACGGUAAAAAAAUCCCUCUUUGGGAUCCACAAACCGGCAACCCUUCGGACUUCACCACGCGUUUCUCCUUCAGGAUCGAUACACGUGGCGUUAAGUACGGUAACUACGGUCACGGCUUCGCUUUCUUCCUAGCUCCAGCUGAGAUCCAAAUGCCUCCAAACUCAGCUGGUGGCUUCUUGGGUCUGUUCAACGAAACAGACGUCCUCUCUUCCUCUUUCCCGCUAGUUCACGUCGAGUUCGACACCUUUACUAAUCCGAACUGGGAUCCUCUAGACAUGGCUUCUCACGUGGGAAUCAACAACAACUCUCUAGUUUCUUCUAGCGUCACUUCUUGGAACGCGUCCGCACACAGCCAAGAUAUUGGCCGUGUGCGGAUCUUCUACGAUUCCGUUAGAAGAAACCUGAGCGUAUCCUGGACCUACGACUUAACAUCCAAUCCUAAUGAGAAUUCGAGCCUUUCUUACAUCAUCGAUCUCUCGAAAGUCCUGCCGUCAGAAGUCACUGUUGGAUUCUCCGCGACGUCUGGGAGCGUCACGGAAGGAAACAGGCUUCUGACGUGGGAGUACAGUUCAGACCUGGAGCUACGAGAUAUCAAGAAAAGCCAAGAAGACAAGAAAAAAGGGAUGAUCAUCGGCGUUUCGGUGUCCGGGUUUGUUUUAGUAACGUUCUUCAUUGUCUUGCUAAUAACCUUCUUCUUGAGACGGAAACAUCGGAGGGAGAAGGCAGAGGAGGAGAAAGAGAACUUGACGUCGAUCAACGAGGAUCUCGAAAGAGGAGCAGGACCGAGGAAGUUUUCUUACAAGGAACUUGCGUCCGCUGCCAACAACUUCUCGGUCGAUAGGAAGCUAGGGGAAGGAGGAUUUGGAGCCGUGUACAAAGGCUACUUAACCGGGUUAGACAUGAUGGUCGCCAUCAAGAAGUUUACUGGAGGGUCUACGCAGGGGAAGAGAGAGUUCAUAACGGAAGUAAAAGUAAUCAGCAGCUUGAGACAUCGGAACUUAGUGCAGCUCGUCGGCUGGUGUCACGAAAAAGAUGAAUUUCUUAUGGUAUACGAGUUCAUGCCUAACGGUAGCUUAGACGCGCAUCUGUUUGGUAAAAAGUCGCAGCAUCUCGCGUGGCCCGUGAGGUGCAAGGUGACUCUCGGUAUAGCCUCCGCGCUGCUCUAUCUCCACGAGGAGUGGGAGCAGUGCGUUGUGCAUAGAGAUAUUAAAGCGAGUAACGUGAUGCUGGACUCUAGCUUCAACGCCAAGCUUGGUGAUUUCGGGUUGGCUAGGUUGAUGGACCACGAGGUGGGGCCACAGACUACGGGGCUUGCGGGGACCUUUGGUUACAUGGCUCCUGAGUAUAUUAGCACGGGAAGGGCGAGUAAAGAGUCUGAUGUUUAUAGCUUUGGGGUUGUUACGUUGGAGAUUGUUACGGGGAGAAAGUCUGUUGAUCCGAGGCAAGGGAGAGUGGAGCCUGAGGCGAGCCUUGUGGAGAGAGUGUGGGAUUUGUAUGGGAAAGGUGAAUUGAUCAAAGGUGUUGAUGAGAAACUUGGGGGUGAUGGUUUUGAUGAGAAGCAAGCGGAGUGUCUUAUGGUUGUGGGGUUGUGGUGUGCUCAUCCUGAUAGGAACUCGAGGCCUUCGAUAAAACAAGCGAUCCAGGUUUUGAGUCUCGAAGCGCCGUUGCCUCAUCUUCCGACCAAAAUGCCUGUUGCUAGUUAUCAUGUGUCGUCUUCGAGUACUGCGACCUCGGUUAGCUCUGGUGGAGCUGGGACAGCAACGUUUUCAAGUGCUCAACUUGGUCGUUGAGCAGGAUCUAUGUUUGCUGUGUUAUAUAUUCUUUUUUCUUCUCUGUGUGGGUGUGCGUGUUGUGUUUAGUUCUUGUGCUUCUCUGUGUUUCUUGUUUCUGUUACAGUGUUACUCUUGCUUGCCACAGAAGGUAGCUAUU